AUGGCAGGUCACUACGCAGGCACCUCGGUCAAGAACUACGUUCACGGCGUUCGCGCAUGGCACAUCAUCCACGGCAUCGAAUGGAAAACGGACAAAGACUCCUUUGACACCAUGAUCCAUGGAGCAGAACGUCUCCAACCAGAACGAUCACGCCGGAAAAAGAGGAUGCCAUUCACACAAGACUACAUUGCCAAACUACUGGAAGAUUUCAACAUCUCCGACCCCUUCAAUGCGGCAUGUGGGGCAUGCCUCACAACAAGCUUUUAUUGCACAGCAAGGGUGGCCACGGAUCGAAACGGUUUCGAAACCACCGUCCUACACGUUCCACGUACCAAGAGCAAUCAGCUAGGAGGAGAAGACCUCUACUUCUCAAAGCAGCUAGGCUCCACGGACCCAGAAUCACUAUUCCAGAACCACCUCGCAGUCAACAAACCCAACGCCUCAGAACACUUAUUCUCAUACCGACACAAAUCUGACCGAAGACCCCUUACAAAGCAUGCCCUUAUUCAACGAAUCAGCAAGGCAGCCAAGAACCGAGGCCUACCUGUCCUCCAAGGCCACGGUAUUCACAUUGGCGCCACCCUUGAAUACCUCCUCCGAGGUGUCCCUUUCGACGCGGUACGGGUGAUAGGCAGGUGGAAAAGCGAUGCUUUCUUGCUAUACUUACGAAAACAUGCGGAAAUCAUGGCACCGUACAUGCAGCCGGAAUUACACCAAGAAUUGAUACGCUACACAAUGCCCCCAGUAAGAUGUGAGUGCCCUCCUCCGAUGUGGGUAUCCGCGGUCGCUGGAUGCGUCGCACACUCCUACCCUCUGGGAAUCACAGCUGACCGCGCAUACCUUUGUCCGCAGAAUCUCAUUGCCGCUGGGACCCGAAGGCCUUCGGCCCUCUCCCAACGUGCUUAG